CGGCGGCGGGCGCGGGGCCCUCCCGGCGCUACCUGUGCGAGCGCCGCGGGGCCGGGCGGGGGCCGGGAGGCGCUCCCAGCAUGGACUUUGACGGUGGGUUUGCGUCUUUGCCGUUCAGGAGCCUGGAGGAGGCGGCGGCGUCGGUGGGACGAGGGCCGGAUCCCGCGGGCACCGCCGGAGGAAGGGGCAGCCCGGCGGCCGGGCACCGUGCGCGGCGGGGCCACGCUUCCAGCAUGCUGCUCGCACGGACACCGCCCCGCCGCGCCGAGUCCCAGACGUGAAGCUCUCCUGGGGACGAGGGGACAACCUGUUAGAAGCAGACGUGGUUCUGAUUUCCUCGGAAGAAGCACAAAAGGAGAUGUUCUGUUCUUUGAAAAUAACUGGAGCCACUGGCAAGAAGCAGCGACACUGCAUCGAACGAGGGAACCGCUUCCAGCUGAUCAAAACAUGCUGCUGAACUGACUUUUGCAGCUGCAUUUUCCAAUGUACCAUGGGAUGCAUCAAAUCCAAGGCUGCCUUCCAAGGUUCCAACGCUGUCCAGGAUGAGAGGAUCGGGGGAGGCGGCGAGGGGUGCGCUGGGGAGAAGUCGUCGCUGCUGGCGGUGCAGGCGGAGGACGGGGGCCCCUCGAGCACCAUCGUGCUGGACUACGCGCACCGGCUGUCGCGCGAGAUCCUGGAGCAGGCGGUCAAGCAGUGGGCGGUGACCGAGAGCAAGUACAGCGACAUCCCCUUCAUCGAGAGCGACGUGCCCUGAGCCCUCCUGCCAGCGCAGAGCAUCGCCGUGGGGAGAGCCUGAGAAAGUCUGCCUUUUAGUGCAGAUUGCUGACAGACUAACUGGAUCGCAGUAGAACCUGUUCGUCGAGUGUCAUGCGUUGUCAGCCGUGUGUUGAGUCUACUCUGUCUUUGUACGUGCUGGAUGUGAGCAGAAAUCAGCGUUAAAAGGAGGAUGAGAAGACUGUGGCAGCCCUGCACCUCUACAAGCACUGCCACAGAGGACAAAAGGUGCAUUAUUUCUGUGUUCUGCAUAAAAGAUCAGAGGUCUGUCUGUAGGUGAGAUGAACUCUGUGCUUGGUGAAUUUGUCUGCGUUUCGCUGAAAUGAAAUCAAGGUCUGCAUGUAGCAAAGGUUACUGCUGUCAUAAAUUUUACUUUUGAUUCUGUGACCUAACUAAAUCUGUUAAACUAAAAUCUAACUAAUCUAUUAACUAAAUCUAACUAACUAAAAUCACAAAAUGAAGGUGAUGGGAGGCACUUUGUAAACCCCGGUAGUAUUCAGGGAGCCAUUUGGAUGAUGAUGCUCUUCACCUUCCAUUGAAGUGAACCAGUGAGAAACGUGCCAGUGUCGAUAAGCAGUGCACUAUCAUUAACAGAUGCUUCUGUAAAUGCAUGAGAGCUUGUCUCUAAAACCCUGCAGUAAGAUAGGUUAAUGACAUCUGGUCGCUGUCAUCAGACCAAAGCUCUUUGUUUUUCUGGUUUUGUUUGGGUUUUUUUGUGUUAGGGUGCUGGUUUGAGAGGAUUUGGUUUUGUUGUUUUACUGUAACCCAGAGAGAUGUGCAAAAACUACUGAUGAAACUAGUGAAAGGAACCUUCAAAGGCGUGGCAGUGCUUCAGGACAGUUUGUUUCAUGGGAGCUGUGGCUGCAUUACACUGAAAUUCCUCUCUGAAGUACCACUCUUGGGACAGGACAUCUUCUUUCAGCUUCUGUAGGCUGCUGCUUCCCCACUGGAAAAGCUGUUCAUGGCAAUGCCAGCAGGAGCCACAGGAGCCCCAUCCCUGAGCAGUGCCCUGAAUGCAGAGUUAGGGACUAAGCCUUAGGCCCAAAGCUCAAGGGCUGCAUUUCUCCCCCAGUGCAUCCACACGCUGCUCCCUGCUUGCCCAGGAUCCACGGCCUGACCCACUGCACUCACAGCUGCUGUUUGACAGAUCAGGACACCCAUGGAUUGUUUUCAUUCAUCCCAAAGGUACAGUGUUGCUGACGUUUUAUACCAAGUGAAGCCUUCUAACAGCUUGGCUUUCACCACCUGUUUGUUCCUUUCUCUGUGACACCCAGUUUAAAAGACAAAGUUCUUUUUCCUAGAUCAGAAUGCUUUCCAUUUUGUUUUCAUUUUAUAGAGAAAUGCUUUCCAUACUGGCUAAAGCUGUUACUAUUUUUAAAAGGUACACAUAGUUCUAGUAAAUGAUCCAAAGCAUGAUUUUUCAAGCAAUGGGAAGCAAGCAGAAAGAGGACCAUGUCAAAUGCUGUAGACAGUCUAUGAAUUGAGCUGUUUUGCAAAUGUUGUGACACAAACUUAGGUAUUUGAAAUUUACCUAUAUGGGGAAGGGGUUUUAUCUGGAAUGAAGGGUGGAAAAUGCUUCUCUGUGACACAGCACAAGGCUGCCAUUAAAUCCCAGUGACCAGACUGGAUUCCCAGUGACUUGCUAUUAGGGCUGUUCUCAGGCUUUUGCUGGAAAAGGGAACAAAAUCAGCUUAUGCUGUAAUGUCGUCCUCUUUGAAGUUACACAGCUGUCUUCAAAGCCAUUUGCAAAGUAGGACUAAGGUUUUAUGGUUCACUUAAAUUCUCCUCCUAACAGUGAUGUUCCUUCCAGUUCUACAGCAUAUAGAACAUUUGAUCAUACUCUGUUUGCUCUAAAAUACCUCCAUGUAUUAGUGUGAGUUAGAAAGCAAAGCCAAAACACUGAUCAAGUCAGUACAUAUCAACUGGAUAUUGCUUAAGCACAGUAUUAAAAAAGGUUCAUAUUCUUAUUUUAGCUAAAAUAAAGCUUUAUUACAAAAAAGAAAAAAAGGGCCAACCUUUCAAACAUGAGUGUGGGCUUGAGGAUGUGAACACUGCUAACGACAGUAAUGAAAAAUAAAAAGCCAAAGCUCCACAGCCAUUGUUGGCCAGGCAGGUGAGGAGCAGGCAGAAAACUGCACUCGCUGUCAGAGCACCUUGAGGUGCUUCUGCCCUGGCCCUUGUACAAGGCUCCCUGGAGGUUGCCACGGGCAGUGAGGUGCUGCAGUGCUUCCUGUUGCCACGUCUCAAAUCCUUCCUCUGGAUGUAGCCUUAGCACCUGACACUCUUCAGCAAUAUCGGAUGCCCUUUUAAAAGUAGCUCCCUGCUGGCAGGCUGCCUGCAGCAGGCAGAGCUACAGCACAGCCUGAGGUUCCACCCCAGCAUCCCUUGUGAUCAGCACUGGCAUUUCCCCAGAGGAGGGGUCACCCAGGCACCCCAAACGUGCCCCCAGGACUGCUCCCCUGUGGAGAGCUGCUCUGUGGCUGCCCUGCGGCCCCACAGCACCAGCUGCUUGCUGGCCCGACCGGUCCCUCACCUGCAGCCGCCAGCCUCGGCCCUCGCCGGUGCCUGAAGAUUACAGCAGCUCCACAGUGGCCCCAAGUGCAAUUCCAGCUCCUUUAGGAUGUUUUCCAUGACACUGGCACUUCAGGGAAGGCAUGCAGCAAAUGGAAAGCAAACAACAGGGAGACGGCUUCUCACCAGGAAAAUCGUCUCUUUUACAGGAUGCUGUCCUUAUAAAUAAUGCACUUACCCUUAAUAGAAAAUAAAUCUGUUCAGUGCUACAGUGGUAAGGGAUGGAGGGAGAUCUCUCUCCAGAGCUCUGCUGUACAUUAACAGGCACAACACUAAUACAUUGUAAAAAUCAAGACUUCUUCACCUAAAUAAAUUUAUGCUAAGCUGUGCUAGUUUUACAGAACUACUGACAGUGGGUUUCCAGCUAAGUUACCACUGAUUCUUUGACUUCAUUUUGUGUAAUAAAGGCACUCCAGUUUGGGACUGGCAUACUCUGCAAAACUGUUUACUUCUAUUUAGGAGUUAAAAAUACAUUUGCUUUAUAUUUUCUCCAGGAAACAAGAUUAAUCUGAGUGGGUAUGAUGUGACUGACUUGAUAUUCUAAUAAUGGUU